CUGACCCAAUGCUUAGCUGGAAAGUAUUCUGCUGUUAUUUUGUUUUUGUUUUUUGUUUCUUUUCCUCUGCCUUUUACUAAAGCCCAGUGAAUUGGGUGUUUUCUUUUUGUUUGUUUUUCAUUUGUUUAUAGAUUUUAUGGGUAUAUUUUUCAUCUUUCUGAUGAUAGUUUUCUUAGCAUUAUUAGCUGGAGUUAUGUACAGUUAAGUAGAAUAAGGUCCUAUCAUUUCAGUGGAUUUACAAACUUAAGUUAUCAAUGAAAGAUACUGAAAUGUGACUAGUAUGUUAUAUACUUUUUAUUUUCAUCAAUUAACUUCAAAAUGAAUUGUUUCUCCUAAGCAAGCCACUCCACAAAACAGUUAGAAAUUAUUGUAAAAUACUGUAUUAAAUAUCAAUGUGUGCAGGGGGAAGCCAACCAGUCACUAUUGAUCUGUAUUCACUGAAUGGGAACAAUGGAAAUCAGUCAUAUAUUGAAGUUAAUUAAAUUUUUAAGCAAAAUAAAUAAAGCAGUUUUUAUUUGAUUUAAUUUCAUCUUUAAUCCAAACUAUUUGCACAUCCCAACAUUUCCAUUGGUAAGGUAUUGCCGUGGCGUGACGCCAUGGCAAAAUCCUUGCCGCCACACCAUAAUAAAAAAUAAUAAUUAAAAUGAAAUAAAAAAUUAUAUAUAUACUGUAUAUGGCCUAUAUAUUAAAUCCAUAAAUUUAAAAUGUUAAACUUUCUAAAUAUUUCUGCCUAAAUGCGCUUUCAAAACCAUACUGUCGCGUCCACAUAUUUAUUUUCAAAAAGAGCCUAGGCCGCGCGCUCCGUGCUUGCUCCUUUCUGAGGUGGUUGGAUGACUUGCAGUGCGCGAAGGUCACACUGUCAAAAGUGUCACUUUUUUUUCUUCAGCGACCGAAAGACUACGAAAAGGCGGGUAAUGACGCUUCAAACAUUACAAAAAUACCAUCGUGUUAACCAGUGUUUGGACCAAAAUACCUGCCGGUGCCUACUCUUCAAAAUACAUAUCAGUGUUUCCUGUGGAAUUGAUCUCUUGGUGUGCUGGUGGGUGUCUGAAGGGGGGGGGGGGGGGGGGAGGGUGUAGCAAAGGCGAAAAAGUUUAAGACUAUGAAAACAUAACCUCUUGAGACUUCUUAAAGAUUUUUUUUAAAUAUCUAAAUCUAUCUUUUAGCUCUGACAAGCUCUUGAUACAAGGAAUGGUUCCACCAUUUAUUUAUGUAUGUAUUUUUUUGGUUGUGUGAAUUUUCUCAGUUUUGUCUGAACUAUGUACUCUUCCUUUGGUUGUUAUUUGUGAGCUGUAGUCUCUAAGUGUGCUAGCGUACAUAUAUGCAGUGGCUGCUUUAUUACGUACACCUAUCUGGCACCAGGUAGGACCCCCUUCUCCCUCCAGAACAGCUUGACUUCUUUGUGGCAUGAAUUCAACAGGAAAUAUUCCUUAGAGAUUUUGGUACAUGCUGACUCGAUAGCAUCAUGUAGUGAUGGCAAAGCGAAGCUGUCUAGAGCAUUGAACCGUUCCUCUGAACUGUAUGGAACAAGGAUUCAUUACUCAAAGCUUUUAUACACAGCGCAGGAUAGUGGCAUCUGGUAGUCAAAAGGACAAAGAGCAACUAUUUAACAGCUUUUUUAAACUAUGGUUUUCAACAAUGAGCGUAACUAGUAGUGCCAAUAAUGUUGUUUGGGCGUAUUUCUUCAAAUAAAAAAUAUCAAUGUCUUAUGUGGCUACAGUCUUGAACAGCACGUUCACUUUGCGUUCUCCCACAAGAUACCAUGUGACUGACAAUAGACAGGAAAUCAUGGCGGUCUGAAACUAAGUUUUGCUAUUUUUGUAUUUUCGACACAACAUCUGUUCCUAUACUGAAAAGCUGCUUGGAGAAAACACAUGUUUGGGUUGCGGGUCAGAUAUUUUAGAGCCACAUGAGCCAGCGCUGGGUGUGUCAUUAGCCAACCACCUGUGUCUGUAUGUAGGAGUGAGUGAUUGACUGCUACUGAUCUGUUCUGUUUCCCUGUUGUUGGUUUUCUCCAACCUGGAGUUCAUCAUCUCCAUCUGCUCAAAUAAAGAAUAUCAACGUCUUAAGUGGCUACAUCUCAUAUUUGAUAGUUAACCUGCUGACUGAAACUCACAUGGGGUUGUUCAUAUUUUGCCUUGCCAUUUGCCUAUUAUUUAAUAGGCAAGGAUUAUGUAGGCUUUGUAUUUUAAUUUGGAAUCAAGAUACUAUUGCUUAGUGGUGGUUGUGGGGUUGACAGUGCUUCAUGAAUUGAGUAGUGAAUGUGUGUGUGUGUGUGUGGUGUGUGGUGUGUGGUGUGUGGUGUGGUGUGUGUGUGUGAGUGAAAUUACUCUCUAAUUAGGCUAUUCACUCGCAUUGUUUUCUGGACAGAGCGACCUGAUUUGUCUAAGAGGGGCACAGUCUUGAACAGCACGUACACUUUGCGUUCUCCCACAAGAUACCAUGUGACUGACAAUAGACAGGAAAUCAUGGUGGUCUGAAACUAAGUUUUGCUGGAAGAGGAGGGUCUAUGGCUGCGUCCACAACGUUUACUGUGUGGUUUCUGUGCUCAUUUUAGCAGUGAGGAGCUUACACCUUAAACAUUUCUAGGCUCGUUUGUGAAAGGUAAGAAACUUACUCCUUAGACAUUGUUUUCAGUUUGACGUUUGGUUUGUGGAUACUAUUGUGUGUAUUAUUUUGAGAAGUUGAUUUUGUAUUAUAAUGAUGAAGAAGACUCAAAUGAGCAUAAUUAAAACGUAAAAUGUGAAUAAAUGUGGGGGAGUGUUACUGUAUUUCUUUUCUAGUAUUUAGUGGCGGUCCUAUCAACAUCCCGAUGAGGAGUUGUUUGAGCCGUUUCCAGCUCAAAUGUGCAAGUUAUUGUGUGUUCCCUCGUUUUGAUGUAUCAGUAAGUGUCAAUGCACACAGUUUUUCAUUUCGGAUUGUUUUCUGAUUAAUCCAUGCAAACUGCUCAGUUUAGGACUUGGAGUGGAGCAAAUGACUGGAGUGGGGAAAUACUCUCAAUAAAAAGAAGUAAAACCAUUUAUACUUUUUAGGUUAUGCAUAGUUCCCAAAUGCUUAUGUAAGCUGACUGAACUUCUCACAUUUUUAAUGAUCUGGGGGCGUAAAUGAGGUCUCUCAGUUAUUGAAAUUGUCAAUGAAUAGAUUGGUUUAUGUGUCACAAGCAAAUCUAGCCAAUCAAAUGAAAAUUAAAAGACGUGAAUUGAAUUCAUUUAUACGCAUGUUUGCAAUCAGCACUGAAAUCAAUUCAAUGGAAACUCUUUAAAAGUUAUAUGUACAAAUCAGGCUUUUAUUUGCUAAUGUGUGCACCUAUAAAAGAAAGUUACUUACCUUUAAAAAGAAUGGCCAUGGCAAAUGUGAUAUGUUAGGGUAUACACUGCCUGACAUAUAUACUCGAUGUCAAAUGUAGCCACUAUUGGCUAGAACUUUUCCAUUAUCAUUUCUCAGUUAGGAGUGUUCCGUUGUUAGGGGGGGGGGGGGGGACUCUUUACCCAGUUCUUGGCUGGAAAGUAUUCUGCUGUUUUUUUUCUUUUGUUCUUUCCCUCUGCCUUGUAUUAAAGCCCAGUGAAUUGGAAGUUUUCUUUUUGCAUUUAUUUCUGGAUUUUAUGGCUACAUUUUUUGUCUUGCUGAUGUUAUUUUUCUUUAUUAGUUGAAGUUAUGCGGAGCAUUAUUAGUUGAAGUUAUGCGGAGCUGAGUGGAAUAAGGUCCUAUCAUUUCACUGAAUUUACAAAGUUAAGUUACUAAUGAAAGAUAUUGAAAUUUCACCAGUAUGUUACAUACUUUUUAUUUUCAUCAAUGAACUUCAAAAUAAAUUGUUUCUCCUAAACAUGCCACUCCACAAAACAGUUAGACAUUGUACAUAUUGUAAAAUACUGUAUUUAAUAUCCAUGUGUGCAGAGGGGGAUCCAACCAGUCACUGUUGAUCUGUAUUUACUGAAUGGGAACAAUGAAAAUCAGUCAAAUAUUGAAGUGAAUUGAAUUUUCAUUGAAAAAUCAUUGGAAAUCAUUGUGGUCUGAAACUAAGUUUUGCUGGAAGAGGAGGGUCUGUGGCUACGUCCAAACUGUUUACUGUGAGGUUUCUGUGGUAAUUUUAACAGCAAGAAGCUUACACCUAAGAAAUUGUUUUCAAUUUGACGUUUGGUUUGUGGACACUAUUUUGUGUAUUAUUUUUAGAAUUUGUUUUUUUUUUUGUAUUAUAAUGAUGAAGAAGACUCAACUGGGCGUAUUUAAAAGGUUUAAUUUUUUUGAUGAGGAUGAAAGGUAUGACUGCAGCUUCCACGGCGUGCAUAUUAUCUCUGACAAUAACUACUUAAGAAAACAUUUUCUUCCUAGCGUAGCCGACAUUAGCUAUGUAAAAGUGGCAUAACCAGAGCAUAAUAUACAUUUAUAUUUACUAUUUAAUUCAAAAAUGGGGUGCAGGGGAGGCACCUGCCCUUUUUGGUCUGAAUGGUCCAUUUUAGGUUUUUUCUUUUAAUAUCCGAUGGACAAUGGGGUUUUAAAUGUAAACUGGGAUUUUCUGAGUCAAUAAAUGAUGCUGGUGUAACAAACGUACUUUCAUGCCAGUACAGCUAGUCUACAAUUGUAGCUACUUGAUUUUAGAAAUAGAAAGUACACACAUGGUAAUAGAAAACAUAGGCUAGUUAAUCUAGUAGCUCUGCCCAACACUAGCCAACAUAUAGAACUGUAGUACACAUGCACGCACACACACACACACACACACACAAAAUGUUGGCAAGUGGUUGUAUGCAGUAUUAUGAAGUAGACUGAAGAAAUGAAUAGUUGUAUUUGCUUAAUAAGAUUGUCGACAUGUUGCACGUGAUGAAGUAGCCUAUAUGUGAUGUGUGUGCAAGUUAAUUAGUUAGUCCUUCCGUUCUAAAUAACAUUGUGUGCAGCCACUGUCCAACGUUUUUGUCUUAUUUUUGUGGUUACACUACUAUGGGGCUAAUAUUGUAGCAGAAUUAUUUGCAAAUGUUUACAUAAAUCUUUAAAUGCAUACACAGAUCUGUAAAUGUGUACACAGAUCUGUAAAUAAAUCUGUAAAUGCGUACACAGAUCUGUAAAUGUGUACAUAAAUCUGUAAAUGCGUAUACAGAUCUGUAAAUGCGUGCACAGAUCUGUAAAUGCGUACAUAAAUCUGUAAAUGCGUAUACAGAUCUGUAAAUGCGUACACAGAUCUGUAAAUGUGUACACAUUCUGUAAGUGCAUACAUAAAUCUGUAAAUGCGUACACAGAUCUGUAAAUGCGUACAUAAAUCUGUAAAUGCGUAUACAGAUCUGUAAAUGCGUACACAGAUUUGUAAAUGUGUACACAUUCUGUAAAUGCAUACAUAAAUCUGUAAAUGCGUACACAGAUCUGUAAAUGCGUACACAGAUCUGUUAAUGUCUAUAUCAUCAGUUACAACUCAAGCUGGCCUCUCAAUUGGCUGUCUUUUUACACGUGAUUUUUGCUACAUUUCUGCCGUGGCAGAGAUCUGCAAAUGCGUCUGGCGAUUUGCAAAUGUGUGUGGAGAUUUAUAGGUUAACUACGACUCCCAUGGUGCACUUCGACAUGAAACAUCCAAUCGCCGAGUUUAAAAUUCUGUAACAUGAGCCGGUAAGUGCGGGCAAGAAAGUUUACGGUGUUGCGAAAACUGAAAACAGAGUGGUCAACUGAACGCGAGGUUGAACCUGGUCUGUCAGUCAGACAAAAGUAUCACAGGCAGACACACUACUCGGUGAGAUGACAUCAAAGGGCACUUCUAUAUAUAUGUCAUUUUGCAUGUGCAUCCAAUGUUUUUAUUAGCUGAUGUACCUUAAAUGUCCAAUGGGGAGACAUAUUAUUUGUGGUCUAUGGGCAUUGAUGAUGUAAUCAGGCAGAAAAACGAAGAAGAAAAGAAGAAUAUAGUCAUGGGUAUAAUCAUGUAAUGUAAAACUGUACCUCCACUUUAUCCACCUUUUCCCACAGAGGGCACUGCUUGUAAAAUGGCCAGAUCCUCUGCGUUGGGAAACUUUCUGAAAGGAGAUACAAAGGCACUGGGGACAGUGCAAAUAAUGAUUGGAGUGCUGCACGUGUUAUUUGGCAUCGUAAUGGCCACCUCUGGUGAAAGCAAUGGUGUUUACCUUGUGCUUUUUUUCUGUGGAGGACUUAUUUACAUUUCCUCGGGAGCUUUGAGUGUUGCUGCUAACAACAAUCUCAACAAAUGCCUGGUGAGCGGAGCGCUUGGGAUGAACAUCAUCAGCACCAUCACUGCUGGCAUUGCAGUAAUCUGUAUAUCGAAGAACAAUCCAUUUCAAUUGGGCGUUCACCACCCAUUUUCCAAUAUUUACAUUAUACUUCAGGGGUUGAUUGGAGUGCUGCUGGUUUUCUCCAUCCUGGAGUUCAUCAUCUCCAUCUGUGUGUCAGCAUUUGCCUGCAGAGCAGUGUGUGGCUGCCCACAGAGAUGACAAUUUCACCCAUUUUGGACCAAACUGUGAUGGGCAGCAAGCAAACAUAUGCAAACAUGCCUAUAUAUGAAGAAAUCCUUCCUUGAAAGAGAUCAGUGGGCAUGUUUGUAUAGAUGUUUGUCUCUCUUUCAAUCCUACAAGACCUUCAAGACAAAAAAUAAUAUUCGGAUUUUCAACAUAAAUAACAGACAUAGAUUAGCUACUUUGUCUUUAUCACCUUUCAUAACUUUCCAUUAUACAUUUUUUUACAUUUCUUUUUACAAAAUAUCUUGUUAUGUAUAUUACCAAUUAUAUAAAGCAGGGCCUCCUUACAGUUAGGAUGGCUAAUAUGUUUUUACGUUGCAUUUGUUCUGUAGCCAUGGAAUAAAAAUCCAUUUGUAUUGACGUAUAAAGGACACACUGUACCUAGAAAAAAAAUGUAAAAAUUUUAAAA